CUGCUGCAGUUCGCAAGCGGAGACGUCCGACUCCCGCCAACCCUCGAAGCCUCGGCGCUACUCCAGUUCUGCCCUUGCCCUCAGAGCCGUUGGGUCCACUCAGUCCCAAUCACACUGGCCAUUCACCCUCGAAGCUUUCACGCUCCCGCCGCGCCCCUCCCCGCCGCUUAGUCACGUCGGCGGAGUGCUCUUGUGGAUUUCGUUCUUAGCUCGCGCAGGCCCCCCGUCGUCUGCGAUGCUUCCCUCGUGUGCUACACCAUGGCCGCUGCUACCUCCCCGGACGUCGACAUCCAGCACACUGAGACUCCGCCGUUUGAUGACGCAGCCGACGCUGCUGAGCAGUCGCCAGCUGAAGAUGAUGCAGACGAGAUUCCCGCGAAGCCCGCCUCGGCGCCUAUGCAGAAGCGGCGCAGAGUAACUCGCGCAUGCGACGAGUGCAGGCGCAAGAAGAUCAAGUGCGACGGGAAGCAGCCCUGCACGCACUGCACCGUGUAUAGCUAUGACUGCACCUACGAUCAGCCUUCAAAUAGAAGGCGCACCGCAGCUCCUCAGUAUAUCGAGGCGCUCGAGACGCAGCUCAAGCGCGCCAAAGCUGUGCUAAGUCUCGUGUUGCCCACUUUGGAUCUCAACGACUCCAGCAUAGACGCCCAGCUCCAGAAUGGGGUGCUCCCGCAGUUUCCCAUGGGUCCGCCGCGGCCCCAACCAGCCCCAAGCCAGCCGUACGCUGCGCCGCAUGGCGGGAGUCUGCCUAGAGAAGACAUGCCGGACUCGCAUCUUGAGUCAAUGGUGAGGGCGACGGGCCAGCUAGACCUCGAUGAGGAUGGGUUCUGGGACUAUCACGGCCACUCCUCUGGCCUGAUCUUCAUGCAGAGGCUUCAGCAGCAGUAUGGGGACAUCAUCACUGGGCCGCCGCCCAGCAGCGCGCCGUUUGUUGUCAGAUAUCGCCCCAUGUCUCAAGCUUUAGAUUCUCCGAAUUCUCCUGCAGACUCUGCGAGCGUGCACCCCGCUGGUACUGACUUGCCGCCUAAGAAGAAGGCAAGAAUGCUAUGCGACAAUGCUGUGCUCGAGGCCGGAGCAGUUCUGAGAGUUGUGCAUCUGCCGUCGUUCUACAAGUCCUUGGAUCGUCUAUACGAGGUUGCGCCCGACGACUACGGCAACGCCGAGAACACCUUCUUGCCAUUGCUCUAUGCUGUGCUAGCCCUAGGGACGCUCUUCUCCAAGGGCAGCGGGGAGCUUGAUAGAGCUGGCUACGAACCCAAUGUUGAUGAGGGCUAUAAAUACUUCCGCGCUUCUCGUUCGCUUCUAGACAUCACCGAUUGUAGAGAUCUAACUUCUCUCCAAGCCAUCGUGUUCAUGAUCCAGUUCCUUCAGAGCUCGGCCAAGCUCUCGACUUGUUACGCCUACAUUGGAGUUGCCCUUCGAUCGGCUAUACGCAUGGGACUGCACCGCUCGUUCAACGUCAACUUCACACCAAUUGAGGCCGAGACUCGAAAGCGCCUUUUUUGGGUCAUCCGACGCAUGGACAUCCAUGUUUCGGCUAUGCUUGGGCUACCCCACUUCCUGGAAGACGAGGAUGUCGAUCAGGACUAUCCCACUGAAGUUGACGAUGAGUAUAUCACGGAAACGGAAAUUCGGCCCAUGCCAGAGGGGAGAAUCUCUAUCACCGCGGCCUCCAAUGCACACGCCAAAAUCGUGCAGGUGCUCCUCAAGAUCUGCAGAUAUGUCUACCCCACAAAAGGGACUCGAUCAGGCGGCAAGAACGCAGUAUCGUAUACAGUAAGCUAUUCCAAAGUUCGAGAGAUCGAACAGGACAUGCAGCGGUGGUUAGACAACCUGCCAAUGGCGCUCAAGCCUGGUGGAGAAGCUCCGCAUAUAAUCAUCAAGUUGCAACAGCUUCUGCGCAUGUCAUACGGCCACGCCCAGCUGCUUCUUUACAGGCCAUUCUUGCAUUACGUCUCACCAACCUACCGCAACAAUCCUUCGGUCGAUCAACGGGCUUUUGCUUGCGCAUCCGCUUGCAUCAGUGUCUCCCGCAAUAUCAUCCACAUCACCGCCGAGAUGAAGAAGCGCGGUCUCCUCAUCGGGUCGUACUGGUUCUCCAUGUACACGACAUUCUUCGCCAUUGUUUCCAUCCUUUACUUCGUCCUCGAGAACCCCAACAAUGCGACCAGCCAUGAGCUAUUGCGCGAUGCUAUGGAAGGCAAGGAGCUAUUGUCAUACUUCGCAAAGAGAAGCCAGGCAGCGGACAAGUGCGCAGAGACCAUCGGAACAAUCAUUGAAAAACUGCCAGAAGCCGUCAAACGCGGCGCGGAUGUCGGAGAGAGCAAGAAGCGUCGACAAGGUAGUACCCAGUCCAUGCAAACCCGCCCCAACAUGCUCAGAAAUGACGCUCUUGUUGCCAUGGGACCCCGCCGCGCUUCAACUUUUCCGGAAAGCAUGCCUACUGCCCAGCGGACCUCACUACCACUAUCCCAGGCCCACCUGGCGAAUCUCGGAAUUGAUCCUGCAUACAACUCACCUUCGCAGUCUGGCUCUGACUUCUUUGAUGCGGUGCCCGGCCUUACGCCUACGUCGACCACGGCAAGCAGUUUUGGUAGCUAUGGGCUAGGAUCGGGAUCCACACCUCAGCAGCGUCCUCCCCAGACCUUCCCUCCCACACCCGUGGGUUUUCCUGAUCCUGCAGGCCUCAACGUCCCCCUCACCGACAUCUCCACCAUGAUGUUCCCGUCAGCAGAUCCGAUGGCGUAUCCCAACCAGCCUAUGACUACCUUUGAGGAUAGCCAUCCUCAGACCUUCGGCGUAAAGCACGAUCCGACGAGUGGGCCGCGCCCACCAUUCCAAGUCUCGGACAUUGACAUGCAGCCAACCCCACCAGCUUUUAGUCCGGGCAGGAUGCCAAACCUACCAAUGGGACCCAGGCGCUCCGAUACCGAGGUCCAGCUGUUCGGCCCUAUGCCUAUGUAUCUCCUGCAAGAGGCACAGCAAAGAGGUCUCCAGCCACAACACAACCCCCAAAACGUUCCCGUUCCUAGCCAAGAGACAAGUAAUGUGAACUUUGAUGACCUGUUCGGUGGUGAGGAAUGGGCUCAGACAUUCAUGGACCCUGGCCUGGGACUGAGCGGUAGCAGUGCAGGCUUUGGCAACAACCCUCCUUAUCCUACCGCAGGUCCAGGAAUGGGUAACUGGCGAUGACAAUUGUUAAGAAGGGGGAGAGGUGGGAAUGACGGCUGCGGGCACAAAGGCAAGACAAAUUCAAAGGGCAUCGCGCGCUCGCGAACAUUGACG